AUGCUGGGCAAGCGGACUGGGUCGCGGCACAUAGCCGUCGUGCUGCUGAUGUGCCUCUUCUGGUACGUGAUCUCCUCCAGCAACAACGUGAUCGGCAAGAUGGUCCUGAACGAAUUCCCUUUCCCGAUGACCGUGACUCUGGUGCAACUGUGCAGCAUUACGCUGUACAGCGGGCCCUUCUUCAAUCUGUGGCGGAUCCGGAAGUACCAGGACAUACCUCGUCCCUACUACUACCGCCUUAUUGUGCCGCUAGCGCUGGGCAAGCUCCUGGCCUCCGUCACCUCGCACAUCUCUCUGUGGAAGGUGCCAGUUUCCUACGCGCACACGGUCAAAGCCACAAUGCCACUAUUCACCGUCGUCCUGACACGCAUGUUUUUUGGCGAGAAACAGCCGACGCUAGUGUACCUGAGCCUGCUGCCCAUUAUCACCGGCGUGGGCAUAGCCACAGUCACGGAGAUCUCCUUUGAUAUGAUGGGCCUUAUCAGCGCCCUCAUCUCCACAAUGGGCUUCUCCAUGCAAAACAUUUUCUCAAAAAAGGUGCUGAAGGACACCAACAUCCACCAUUUACGGCUGCUGCAUUUGCUUGGCAAGCUGUCGCUGUUCAUCUUCCUCCCCCUAUGGCUUUACAUGGACAGCUUUGCAGUAUUCCGUCACACGGCCAUUAAAAACCUAGACUAUCGAGUUAUUGCCCUGCUUUUCGCCGACGGUGUCCUAAACUGGCUGCAGAACAUCAUCGCCUUUAGCGUCUUGUCUCUGGUGACUCCGCUCACCUAUGCGGUGGCCAGCGCAUCGAAGCGGAUAUUUGUGAUUGCAGUAUCGCUCCUAAUCCUGGGCAACCCAGUGACGUGGGUCAAUUGCGUAGGCAUGACGCUUGCCAUUUUGGGUGUGCUCUGCUACAAUCGCGCCAAACAGAUCACGCGGGGUCGCGAGCAGCCGACACUGCCGCUGUCGCAGACUAGCCAUGUCAAGUACUCGCCGCUGGAGCAACCGACAGAUCCGUACUACCGGGGAUCGGUCAACGGGAAGCUAUCCAAUGGCUUGCACAGGACGCCCGGAAACAGUCUGCUUGCGAACGGCAGCGGAAUGCCAAGCGGGACGGCAACGCGGCUACUAUUUGUUUAGUUUGUAGUUAGUGAAUGUAUCCCAAAAGCGGGUUAGCUAAAUAGUAUUAACCUGUGACGACCACCAACCAAAUCCCGACUCUCCCCUCUCUUAUAUAUAUAUAUAUAUUUUUUUUUUUUUUAAUUAUAUAUAUAUGUGUGUAUAGUGUAUAUAUUGAAUACGUUUGACUAAAGAGGCGCAACUCUAAAUUUAAUAAUUGAAAUGAAGAAGUAACAUUUUCAUUUUCAAUCGAAUAAAAAAAAUUUGUUGUUUCCAAACAAGUAACUUUAUAUACCACAAAACAAGGUCACAACCGACUUUUGAAACAUUUAAGCUUGCUUUUUUUAUAUGAUUGAAUAGAAAAAUGAAAAUAAGACGUAAAAGGUGCUUAAUCAAUACGGCUAAUGAAUAGUAGUUAAAGUAGAGAAACUAAAGGAGUGUCUUAAUUCUAAGAUAUUAUCGCUCUUAAUGUUCCGCAAAAUUUCAAUUUAAAUCUCGUCGAGAGAAAACGACACACUCUUAUGCAAGGUGUAUAAAAUGCGUAUGUAUGUGUAGCUGUAUGUGCAUGUCAUACUUUAGGUAAUUAACUCGAAAAUGUAAAAUUUGGCAGUUGGGCCGAUUGAGUCAAAAGUGCGUAAUAUAUGUAUAUAUACCUAGAAUGCAAAGCAAUGCUGUAAAUGAAAUGUAUUUUUGAUAUUGUUUUGGAUGCGAGCCGAGUGUGUAAAUAAGUAGUUCGAGACCCCGAUUUCCAUAUCCCCUCCCGCCCGCUAGUUUCGAAUUUGUUUUUGAAUUUGAUUAAGCCGUAAAGUGUAUUCAGAAAGCGUGUGCGCAUGUUAAAUGCCAAAAUAAAAUUGUUGACCAUGUACAUAGGCAAAGCAAAUGCAAA